CAGCAGCAGUACACAGCGCUCAUCCUGCCUCCCUCUCCAGCGCGCUCACUCCAAGCAUCGGCGCUCAAGGCGAAGGAACAGUUCACAUCCAGCCCAUGAUCCAGCCCCGUGUCACUCCAGUCUCCACACGGAAGCUGCGGCAGAAGUCAGGCUGCGCGCAAACACGGGUCCGCUUCCAAUACGCGCUCUUCACGGAAAUGGUUCACCUGAAGAAGUUUGGGGAGUGAAAAGUUUUGGAGAAACGGUAGAGUGACACAAAUUCAGAUGGAGAGGGGCUAGGACAAGCCAUUUGGACCAGGAAUCUCUUUAAAGGUCAUAACUCCAGUGAGGCUCAUCAUGUCAAACCGUGAUUCUUUGGGAUAUGGCGACCUCCUCCCGCAGGAUGUGGUGGAUAUCUUCGCCCAGGAGAAGAACAGCAAGAAGGCCCGAAAGCAGCAGCGCAGUCGCUCCAUCGGCCGAGCUCUGGGCUGGCUCAAGGGGAAAAAGAAUAAAAACUUGGGAGAUAAGACUCAAAACCCAGGGUUCAGACCUGCUUUUGACUUGGCCCUGGACCUACACCCUGCUGGUUACCAGGGUACACCCAAGGGAGCACAGAAGUCGGGAAAGCAGGGACAUCAGCAAAGCAACAGUCAUGCUGUCCCAAAGCGAGAUGACGAUGAUGAUAAGAAGACCCCAGCCCCCCAUGUGCUCCAGGAGAAUGUGUUUAUUGAGGCUAGCAGGCCCAAGUACCUGGAGGACCUUCACAGUGAGGCACUGGAAGGACUCAAACUGAUGCAACAAGAAGAGCGAAUUCUUGGACCUGAGUAUCACGACAAUGAAAGCACAAUUUCAACAACGUCAGCCCGAGCAGAGGUAGAUGGAGGGGGCUUCACCACAGACAGCACCCUCCCUGACACAUCCUCCAUGGUCUCACUGCAGUCCUCUGUGUCUUCAAGAUCCUCACGCUCUGGGCUCACACGCCAAGGAUCAACCUUCAGACCACUGAACUCUGGGAAAAAGCCUGAAAAAGGCCGGACAAGGAGAAGACACAGAAGGAAUAUAGGGGGUAUCCCUCAGCAUCUUCAAAGAGAAUUUGGCCUGGACAGGGCCGAGUGGACAAUAAGUCCACAGUUGGAGGAGGAGAUUUUAAAUGGGGAAUCUGAUGUACCACAGCUGGCUGUGCACUCACCAACAGAGACAAACACAAACACAGAGGUCGUCCCUCCCCUGAACAGUGUACAGGAGGAGCAGCUCCGAGGACCUGCUCAUGUGGACGACAUGGCCCUGCUGCAGCGUGUGGGCCCAGUGGUGCCUGGAGGGGACAGGGCCUGGCCAGGGUCUCUGGCUGUCCCUGGAAUGACUACUGCAGGCAGUGGUCAACCAGGACCCCCCAGCCCUGUGAUGUCCAUGUCCCCUCAGGCUGCAUAUUUGUCCAAAAUCAUUCCUAAUGCAGUGCUGCCACCCUCUGUCGAGGUUGUAGAAAUAAGUCGCGGGAGCAGCCGCAAUAGUGUCCGAACCGUCACCAAGAGCAGUUUGAUAGUGUCCAGCCCAUCCUCGUCCCGUCCUUCAUCCAGAGCCUCUACGGCCCGCAGCACCUCCUCCAGAGGCUCCACUAUGACCUCCGCCUCUCGACAGAUGCACUUCCACCUGUCAGACAGCUCCUGCUGGAGUAACUCAGACUCAGACACUUUAGUGUCUGAUUCCUCCACUAUUUCAAGUAGCAGCACCCCGCGACAGAGAGAAGACAAAGACGCAUCUAAAAAACAAAACAAAGUGAGUGAUGCAUCAAAGGGUCCAUCCAAUGGUAGAAUGAUUAAGGGAGAUGAACUAAAGAAAGAUGGAGCUUUUAUACGCAGCCUCUCUGUCAUGAAGCCUAAAAGAGCUCCUCCGCCCCCAAGUCGCUCUUACUCUCUCCACAAUAAAAUGAAGAGGCGCUCUCGUGAUCUGGCAGAAGUUAAGAUUACGCCGAAUCAAACAAGUGAGGGAAGUAUGAAAAAAAUCAUAGACAGUCCUGGAUAUAAUGCUGACACCAGUUCACUGGAUGAAUUCACUGGCUCCAAAACACCAAGUCCCCUAAAGUCCCAGCAGAAUGUGGAUUCCACUAACAAUAAUGUUGUCACAGAUGCUUCAAAUGAAAAGAAAGAAGCAACUCUAUCUAAUAAUCAUGGCACAGUAAUCUCUCCAUCCAGUGGCUACUCCAGUCAGGAUGCCAUGUCUCCCAGCAACUCAUCUCCAAAACACAAAAAAGGACUGUUAUCUAAACUGCACAAGUUAUUCCCUGCAUCCACACAUGUAGAGGUAUCCAAAUCCGCAGUCACUCAGCCAGAUGUCAGUAAAACCAGCAAUGCCUCUGUCAUCACUGUCAAUGAGAAUGCCUCCGUAAAGGCUUUAAGAGAACUUUUCAGUAUCCCCCCACAUCCAAAAGUACACGCCCCUCCUCCCCCUCCCCCUGAGGUAUGGUCCCACAGCCCUCGCAGUAUUGAGCUGUUGCUGGGACCACCUGCACCUGAAAAUACCUAUGCCAUUGUGAAGAAAAACCCUAAAGACAAGAGACCAUACAGACAGCCUCCCUCCACAUGCGCAGACGGCGCUGUGAGAAGUUCGAUUGAGGAGCAGAGACAAAGUAGUAAUGUAGAGUCCAAGAAAGUUCAUGUAAGUCAAGAAAGAUCUGUGAAUGUAGAGAAUAGUAAAAGACUGAUGCAGAAUGUAGACCAUGGAAAAGUACAAGUAAGUGCAAUAUUGAAUGACAUAUUACUUAGAACAGUAGAAAAAGAUGGACAGAGGCUCCCAGCCAUAGCAGAAGAACAUAAAAGCAGUACACGGAAUACAACGAAUCCCUCCAUUUCAUCAGCGCACAUUUCUCCUCAGCUCCCCACCAAACAGACUGCAGGGGUCACGACUGUCAUCUCAGUACAACGAGUCACCUCCCCUGAAUCGUGCUGGCCCCCUCCACCCCCACCAGUGUCACAGGCAGGCCUAGGCAGUCCCGAUGAAACGGAGUUCCCUCUGCCCCCCCCUCCUGACAAUACUGAAGAUGAAAUAGUCCACCCGGUGCAGGUGCCUCCAGACAAGGCUGUUACUAGUGCAUCAAAUAUGUCCACAGCUCCCCCCCUAAAUAUCCCUCCUCCACCUUCUUACACAGCACCUCCGCCACCAAUAAAGACAUUUGUGUUCUCUGAAAAAGUCAAAAUGUUCUCUAGAGAUAGUUCCCCUCCAUCACCAAAAACAACUUCACCUCCAAAAGACGUCAAGCAAUAUAACAUUUCUAAACCAUCGCCUGAAUCCCCUCCACCAGCUCCUAAACUUUCAGUCAUUCCUCCACCCCCAGAGGCCCCCUGUCCACCACCCCAGGAGCUGUUAGCGGAAGGUCCCCCUUCAAUUAUCAUCCACGCACCAUCCACAGUACCCACUUUAGUGCUGUCAAAUUCAAAUGUUUUUCCUCCACCUGAUCUAAUCCCACCCUCUCCUCCUAGAGAAACGGUUAUGAUUCCUUCCAUAGUGGCUGAGCUCCCGUCUCAAAUAAUUACCACCAAUAUUUUACCACCAGAAGACAUUCCUCCGUCCCCUGAGGUAGUCUCCAAGCCCCCAUUGGAAGACGCAGCUCCUCCAGUUCUAACCCAAGAGACUUCAUCUCCAGCAGAAGAAUCCCCUCCGGCUGCUGAAGGACCAUCACCACCAGUAGAGGUCAUUAUCACUCCCCCUGAAGUCUCUGUCCCACCUUCUGAAGAAGUUUCUACUCUUAUAAAAAUAGAAGUUACUCAACCACUAGUAGAAAUCCACCCAAUACCUGAAUUGUCCAUUCAACCAGAAGAUGUGUCUCCUCAGCCUUCAAAAGAAGAACCACUAUCCAAAGAUUUGCCUCCUCAAUCUUCAGAAGUAAUUGCAGAUGAGCCCCCAGAACCCAAAGAAGAGCCCACCCCAGCGCCUAAAGAAUCCCCCCCUUCAAUUGAAAUGCUGUCACCACCACAAGAGGUCGCUCCAUCUCCACCUGAGGAAAGGCCUCCAUCACCAAAAGAGGCCCCUCCACCUGAGAUUGUGGUUAUAGAAACAAGCAAACUCCAGGUCAUUGAAAACUCCUCUACAUCAGUUGUUAAAGUAAUUUCUACUGCAUCUGUGGAAGAGCGCCUUGAAAAUCCACAAGAACCAUCUGAUAUUCCAUCACCCAGCAGUGAUUCUGGUCCAGUAUCGGAAGAACCAGCCCCGCAAAUAGAGACUGAGAAAUCAGAGGAAGAUAUUGUUGCUAAAAAUGAAUCCAGUCUACCCCCAUGGAAGAAUAUUCUCACUCCUCCACAGAGUAUUCCACCUCCUCCUCCCAUCGAGCAGCCUACAUCUGACUCUUUACCCUUAAAAGAACCAAAUAAACCAGAAGAAGUCACACCAAAUAAACCAGAAGACACUGAACAAGUCCCGUCACGACCUGAAGUUUCAACCACCGAUACCACCACUUCUCCACAAGAAGCUGAUGCCACUGUAGUUCCUUCGCCUCCAAUAGAAGAAGUUCCUAAACAAGAACCUUCUUCAGAUACUGGAGAACAAAACGAAGAACCAGCCUCUCUUUCCAUAAAGGAAGAACUGUCUGAAAAUGCUAACCAUUCUAAUGAUCAAACAGUCAAUGGUAAACUGGAUUCUCCUAAAGCAGAAGAUGAACUGAAAUCUGAAGUCACAGCAACCCAGGAAAAAGAAACAGCCCCGCAAAUCCAAUCUGGCACAACUGAUGCUCCACAAAAACCCAUCAGGAAGUCCCUCAUCAUCAGCGCUCCGCCUUCUCCACCCACAACAGCAGCCACAUCUCCAACUCUCCACAGAAUCUCACCUACAACAACCAUCACCAGGUCUCCUACAACUCUCACGCCCUCCAUGAAUCUUCAAGAGGCAAUCCGCUUAAGGACUGCGGCACGAUCGCAAAACGGUCCAUCAACACGGCUUAGCAUCCACUCACCACCAGGUUUCGAUGUCCGCAGGUCUCCCACCAGCACAGCCAGCUUUAUCUUCUCCAAAAGCAAUAAGAAGGUGGUGAUUGAGACCAAGUCAGAGGUCAAGGCAGAAAAGAAAACAGAGUUAACAAAGGCAGGCGUGGAACAGCCGGCGAAGAAGGAAUUCAAAGUGCCUCCACCUGUAGCAAAAAAACCCAAAACAAAAACCAAAGAAGCAGAGAGUGGUGACACAACAGGACAGGAUGCACAAUCAGAUGCUAUUAGAGAUCACACAAAGAAACCAAAUGGGACCGCAGGGACUGUUGGACAAUAACUGUGGGCCUCAACCUGUAAAAGCAAUAACACAAUAUAACACGUUUCACUUAAAGCAUGAUAUAAAAUCACUCAGACUGUUGCUAAUGGUGUAGGAUGCCUAAUCUGCAUGCAAUUGUAUUUGUAAAGAGGAUUUGAGUUUUACCUAUGUAACAGAUGGAAAUGUAUCGCCAUCUAGUGUCAGACGAUGAUUGUACAAACGAUGUCCUGCUGAGUAAUAUUGUAGCUUUUGGUUACUGUUACUACAAUUAUUCAAAAUGAGGCUUUAAGUUACUCAUUUGUAAAUAUGGCAUGACUGUACAUUCACUUUACUCAAUUAUGCUGUCUUCCAAAUAGUAUAUAUUUGUUUUGAAAGUACUAUUAAGUUAUUUGUCACGAAAGUUCACUUGGGAUUUUCAGAUCAUUUUAACACCCUUAAUUUUACUACAUUGUAUAGCUCUUAAUCAUAUUUUGGUUUCAAUACCACAUAAGCAUAUGAAAUGUAAGAGUUACCUUUGGUUUGCAUAGUUCCUGCUGCUUUCUCAAACGGAGGCUUGCCCCACCUGGCUAGACUGUGGGAGAUUUCAGUUCUAUUGGAAACUGAUUGUAAAGACUAAAAUAACAAUGAUUUAUAUUAAAUAAAUGUUUAUGGUCUCAAA